GGAGCUGGAAAAAAGUAGAAAUUUCCUGACAGAGACGAAGGAAGAAAAACAGAAAAACAGUCAGAGACUCAAACAUGAAGCUCCACAACACUCUGCUCCUCUUCCUCCUCAUCCUCAUCCUCAUCCAUGAAGGAGAAGCCUGUCUGGGAGAAUCUGGCGUCAUUACUCGUACCGUCCCUGAAGGAGAGGACGUCACUUUCAGGUGUUUCUUCGAUGACCCUGAUGAGAGGAAGGUCUUCUGUCGGGGUCUGUGUAGAGAGGAAGACAUCCUCGUUGAAACGACCGGGUUCAAAGCUCAGAGGGGGAGAUACAGGAUGGAUUAUAACGACCACGGACCCGGGAGACCGUCUGUGCUGACUUUACUUGUGAGCAUCCACAAACUGACAAAGGACGACUCUGGAACGUACAAGUGUGUAUUCAGGGACGGUCGGAUGGAGCAUCAGGUCCAGGUGUUUGAGCUGACAGUGAAAGAUGCUCCUGAUCCAGAAAAGUCUCAGACGUUCUCCUCAGCUCCAUCAGCCUCUGCUCCAGAGACAUCCACCAUUAAAGCUCUGACAGGUCCUGGCCCAAACCAGACUCUACAUCCUACAUCCCCUCCUCCAGCCUCCACACCGACAGCUCUGGAAGAACCAGAAGAUCUGGCGAAAGCAGCAGCAGCUAAAGGUCUUCCCCCAGAGCCACACACCACAGGUCCUCUGAAUGUCCAGCUUUUUCUGGUCCUGGUGAUCAUCGUUUCAUCAGCAGCUCUGCUGGUAGUCUGCAGGACGAAGACCAGAAGACCUGAAGAGCCUGUGGGGCUGGACUACGUUACUAUCGCCAGCGCUGACCGGGUGCCUGAGGAGGUCGGGGAGAAGACUCUGGAAAUAUGAACAAAGAUUUGACGUGAACCUCCAUCAGCUUUCUGAGGAAAGAAACGCUUUUCUAACCAACAAGAAUCAUUCUUAGACUAGAUGCUAUCAUAAACGACAUUUAAGCUUUCAACCCCAAACUUCAGGGCUUUUCUCUCCGUUUUUUAAACCAAAUGUUUUAUUUUGAAAAGGCAAAAGUGAGGAGGAAGUAACAAAAUAAAAUGAUGAAGGUCCGGGCGAUUAAAAUCAUGUGAAUCAAAAACUGAAGUGAUAAAUUUUGGACUGAUUUGAUGAAACCUGAGAGGAUGUCGGGGACAUUUUAUGGCUUUUUGUCUCUUUUUGUCCAGUUGUGAUUAUUUUGACUGUGUUCCUUUUUUAAAUUUAAAUUUAAAUAUCAGAACUUGUAUCAGGUCAGUAAUAAUCUCUGUAGACUUUUCUACCCUCUCAGGCUGUUGGAGACCAAAAAUGUCCCAUUAAACCAUUAAACUAGGUUUUUGAUCCUCCAGCCCUCACAGUAGAAACAAACAUUUAUGAUAUUAAACUUUCAUCCUGGAGUCUUUGCUUCAAAUCUGCAGUUUUCCCUGUUUUCACCAAAUGUCAGACAUUUGAGAGGAAAUUACAUGUUUCUCUUGGUUUCCUAUAGUGGCGCUAUCAUAUUAUAACACUUUAUUAAAAUAUUAACCCUUGUGCCUUCCUCGGGCAUUUUUGGCCUUUUUUUUUCAACUUUUUUUUUUUUUUUUUUAAUUUGUGAUCAUUUCAUCAGUUUUACAGCUUGUGGCAUGAAAUUUUAC